CUCAGUCAUACAGUCAGCCGAUAUGUCAUCGACUCGGACUAUUGCACAUACGCCCCGCAUGGCUUCCGAAGCCUGCAAUGGGACCAAGUGUCUGCCACACCAUGAAUUGUCUUAUAAACCUCCUAAACGAGUCUGAUCCUUCGAUAGGCUUUCAAAACAUAUUCCUUGAGUAUAUUCGUUGAGAAUCCUUUGUCAAUAUGCUUGUAUCUCUCAACGUGGUUCUAUCUGCUACAAUAGCAGCCGCAGCUGCUAUCCCUGGGGCAGCACCUAGGUACGCAGGUAAUACUUACGACUAUAUUAUUGUUGGUGGAGGCACAUACUGUCAGCUAGAGUUCCUCCAUUUCCGUUCAUGAUCUGCCAAUUGUGUGAGAAUUACGCUGGCUUUGGGCUAGUGCUCCGUGAUGGUUUUCAUUAACGCCGACCCAUAGGCUGAUCGAGGCUGGACCGGCUGCUCCAGAGGAGCUGAAGAUCAAUGUCCCAGGGAUGUUUGGGUCCACAAUUGGCGGACCAUAUGAUUGGAAUCUUACCACCACGCCGCAGCCAGAGCUAAGCAGUCGGCGGGUGAAUCUCACGCGUGGAAAGGUCCUCGGCGGCAGCUCAGCUCUAAAUUAUCUGGUGUGGAACCGUGCCUCUGCCCCUGACAUGGUUUCUGGGAUGGCAAAGUCAGAGAACUUCACAGCAACCAACAACCAGGACUACUACGGCAGCUUCGGGAGAAGCACACAAGGACCCAUCCACAAUGUCGUUGAACGUUACAGGACAGAGCAAGUACUAUCGUGGGUGCCGACUUUGGAGAGGCUUGGGCUGUCGCAUAACCUGGAAUCCCUGGAUGGCAACCCGCUCGGGGCCAUGCUUCAGCCUAGCAACAUUAAUCCGGACAACAACACAAGAUCUUAUAGCGCCAGCUCGUAUAUACCCCACGCUGGAUCGAACCUCGUCCUUUUACUAUCCACCCGUGUGGCAAAGAUCAACUUGGAGGCCCCCUCCAAGGAGACAAAGGCAAGACGCAAUUCAGAUGGUAGCCUCGUGGCUACCGGCGUUACGCUGCAAGACGGGUCUGUCAUUAUGGCGAGGCAGGAGGUGAUUCUUUCAGCGGGAUCACUCCAAAGUCCAGGACUGCUCGAACUAUCCGGUAUUGGACAGAGAGAUGUACUCGACGCAGUCGGCAUCAAUCAACUCAUCGACCUUCACGGUGUAGGCGAGAACUUUCAAGACCAUGUUGGCGUGGGAGUCACACACCAAUUGAAACCCGGCUACAACUCACUGGAUGUUUUCAAAUACAACGCCACCUUUGCGGCUGAACAAUUGGCCCUGUGGAAGAAAGGUGAUCUUUCUAAAUACGACACAGCCGUUGCCAGCGUCGGUUUCCUGAACUGGAAACAGCUUUUGGGUGACGACACGGCCCUUGUUGGCCUGGCUAAGGCAGACUUCGGCAACUCGACAAACGUGAUUGACCAGGCGAAACUCUCAUUUUUAUCGGACUACAAUGUUCCACAAGUGGAGGUCAUAAUGUCAGAAAAUACGAAUGGACCAGUAUACCCUCCGCUGGACGACCCUCUCUAUGGCUCCGAUUUUGUGACCAUCACGGGAAUUGCAAUGCGACCGCUAACGCGGGGGAGCGUACAUAUACGGUCGUCCAACAUCAGUCAGAGCCCAGAUAUUGAUCCUCGCUACGUAGCAAACUCCUAUGACAUGCGUUCACUGGUGGAGGCAGGCAAGUUUGCACGCAAGAUUGCUCAAACCGAGCCCCUAGCGAGCCUACUGGUCGGUGAAUACGCACCAGGUUUUCCGGCAGUCAGUACCGACGAGCAGUGGGAGAACUAUAUCCGGAAAACUAUGCGCACCAUAUAUCACUUUUCUGGAACAUGCGCCAUGUUACCGAAGGACGAUGGUGGGGUGGUCGAUCCACGUCUGAGAGUUUGGGGAACUUCGAACCUCCGAGUUGCUGAUGCAAGUAUAGUUCCGGUGCUCGUUGCAUCACACACGCAGACUCUCAUUUAUGGGAUCGCGGAGAGGGCCGCGGAGAUCAUAAUUGAAGACCAUGAAGGAGAUUAA